AUGUCACAACCAAUUUUCCAUUAUGUAUGUGUAAAAUACACUGAGGAUAAAAUUGGACCAUUAACUGAUGAAAUUCGUUCAAAAUUAACUUUUGGACAACUUCCAUGGUAUCAAGAUGGAUCUCUCAGCAUCACUCAAUCGAUGGCAAUUGAGAGUUAUAUUGCCAGAAAGUACUCAUUGCUUGGUGCAAACGAAGAGGAGAAUGCUGAAAUUUUCAGUUUUGUUUUGUCGGUUGCCGAUAUGUUGGAUUCUUUAAUCAAAGCAAUAAUGGGUGGUCCAGAGCAGAAACAAAACUUUGAGAAUGUGAUUGCACCUAGACUCAUCAAAGCUUGGGAAUCGAAGAUCAACAUUAAUGGUCAUCUCUUUGGAAACAAAACAACAUGGGCUGAUUUAGCUGUCUUUAACAGUGUAGAUUAUUUACUCUGGACAAAGAAUGAUAAACUCUUCACUCAAUCACCAAAGUGUCUUGAACUUCACAAGAAGUUAACCGAAUCUCCACAAUUGAAAUCAUACUUGGAAUCAAGACCAAAAGAUUCAAAAUUUUAA